AUGAUGGGCGGCCUUAAUAUCAUGUCUCAGUAUACAGACUACUUCCAGUUGACCACUGCUACACGUUCCCUCAAUGUCGCAACCAUCUAUAUCGGCGGGUGCAUCGCUUGCUUGUUCUGGGGCUGGAUCACAGACAAAUACGGCCGACGUAAUAGGGGCACGAGAAAGAGGCUGAUCAUCACCGGCACCUGUGCGCUGUUCUCCAUGGUAAUGGGAAAUACACUUGUGACCUACGAGAUCGGGAAAGUGCUGGACCAUGCCGGACUUACCGACCCGAAACAGCAGCUCCUCAUCAACUUGGGUCUGAACUGCUGCACGCUGAUCGUUUCCAUCAUGGGCAGCUUCUAUACAGAUAGGCUGGGAGCCAAGUCGGCGGCUUUGGUCUCAACGGGUGGGCUCACCGUCAGCUUGUUCAUAAUCGGUGCCUUGACGAAGACCUAUGGGGAAACAGACUACCAGCCUGGUAUUUACGCAUCAGUGGCUAUGAUUUUCGUCUUCACCGCAUGUUUCGGUUUCGGUUGGAUCCCCAUUCUGUUCCUCAUACCCGCUGAGAUGUUAAACUUCAGCAUUCGUGCCUGGGGCAUGAGUAUGUUCAGCUUUGUGAUCUGUGUGACAGGCAUUUGGGGCAACUUCGCAUUUCUUUUCGCGCUGGAGAUUAUCGGUUGGAAGCUUUACAUCAUUAACGGGGCUUGGAAUAUCGGCAUGUUCGCAUUCAUCGCAUGGUACUGGGUUGAAGUCCGGGGCAAGACGCUCGAGGAAAUCGACGCGCUGAUCGAUGGGAAAAAGCAUUCGGACGUCCCUGAUCUUGAGCUGGUAAUACGUGGGACUGUGGAUGGGAGGUGGAAAGACAAAUUUGCCGGGUGCCUGACAGCUAGUUGCUUCCGGGAAGGUGACGCACAUCUUCAGGAUCGAUGA